GCGUACAAGCCCCGUCAGGCGUACAAGCCCCGUCCACUUGCUUCCCACGUGCAUUCUCCUCUCCCGGUCCCCGCUGACAGCUUGUGUUCAUCGUCCCACUGGUCGAGUUUUCCCAUUUUGGACGGAGGGGCUUGUCGAAUCUCUCCCGUGCUCAGCCACCACUGCCCCCCCUGACGUCACCUUUCCGGCCUCCCCAUCGCUUUCACGCGCAGGUAGAGAAGGGCACGGACUCCGCCCCCUCCACCUAUUGGCUGCUGCGACGAAUUCACGCGCGCCUCUAAACGGGCAGGCCUCCGCGGGCUCCUUUUGGGGUGUCGAAGAGCGCGCGCGCAGGCGCAGAGCGUAAAAAUGCUGUAGAACCCUCGUCGGAGCCACCAACGCCUGGGGCGUCAAGUGGGUGGGCCACCAUGCUAAUAAGUCGCUCACCCUUCACCGCACGUGCCGAAUCUGCGUUAAGGGGACCGUCUCGGGUAGUUUCUGACGGUCACGGUAUUAAACUGGAUCGACCGGACCCGCCUUUGGGAAGAUUUAGCCAAUCACAGGGCGUAGAAUGAGUGGGUGGCCAAGCUGGGCUUAUGAAUAGUAAUUAGUUUGGGGCCCUGGAAGGAGCCACGAUCUGAAGGGAGGCGCAUGCGCAAUUGAUAGUAUCGAGUGGCGGUGACUUUUCUCUCUCUUUUUUUUUUGGUGGGAGCCCUUUAGGUGGCCUCGCCUGUCGCCUCGGCUUACCCUCCUCUCGCCUCAGGGGGAGUCUCGGUGUCUGCUGGGCCCCCACCGGCCGGGUACAGCAUGUCCAGCCGCGCCGCGCACCCCCAGGAGGCAGCGGCCGGGACUGCGGGAGCUGCUCCGCGCGAGCGGGGCCUGGCGGGCGCUUUCCCGUUGGUGCUGAAGAAGCUGAUGGAGAAUCCGCCGAGGGACGCGCGCCUCGAUAAAGAGAAAAAGGAAAAAUUUGAGGAAGAUGAAGCAGCAGCUGCUAGUACAAUGGCCGUCUCAGCCUCCCUCAUGCCUCCGAUCUGGGACAAAACCAUUCCUUAUGAUGGGGAGUCUUUCCAUCUGGAGUAUAUGGAUUUGGAUGAAUUCCUUUUAGAGAAUGGGAUCCCUUCCAGUCCUAAUCACUUGGACCUGAAUCAAAACCCACUCCUGCCUGUGGCUGAACUGGAAGGAAAAGAACCUGCCAGUGCUUCUACUGCAUCCCCAGCAUCCCCAUCUUCCACAGUGGUUUUCCACCCAUCAGAAACUACCGCAAGUGAAGAAUCCUCGCCUGAUAGUGAGAGACUGACUCCCAGCCCCAUUGAUCCAGACUGUGUUGAGGUUGAUGUGAAUUUCAACCCUGAUCCAGCUGAUUUAGUACUCUCUAGUGUACCUGGAGGAGAGCUCUUCAACCCUAGAAAGCACAAAUUUGCUGAAGAGGACCUGAAACCACAGCCCAUGAUUAAAAAAGCCAAAAAGGUCUUUGUCCCAGAAGAACAAAAGGAUGAAAAAUAUUGGUCAAGGCGGAAGAAGAAUAAUGUGGCAGCCAAGCGAUCCCGUGAUGCUCGGCGGCUGAAAGAGAACCAGAUCACAAUCCGAGCUGCCUUUCUGGAGAAAGAGAAUACAGCGCUGAGGACAGAGGUGGCAGAGUUGCGGAAGGAAAUGGGGAAAUGCAAGAACAUUGUCUCUAAAUAUGAGAGCAAAUAUGGAUCCUUUGACUUAUCCGAUUCCGAGUGAUGCAACUUUAAAGACUUUUAAAAUCACAAAGCAACUAAAACUACACAUGAAACCACCUGUCGUCAGAGUGAACAGUGACAGAUGUGAGGUAUUCUACACAAACAACUGAUGAUGACCCUGCUUCCCUGCAAGUACCUCAUCUGAACUACCUAAGGGCUGAGCAUGAUGAAAAGGCUAAGGUCUCUAAUCCUACACGUCUUUUUGUACUGUUUUUCCUUGUAACCACAGCCUGCAGUACAGUCAAACUCUUUUCAUUUACACUUGGUGCUCAUGUCCUUGAGUUCAGUUUGAUAACAAAUGAGUGGUGUUUGGGGAGGUGAUGGGAAAAAAUGGCAAGUCUUAAUUGAAAAAAGGCUUAAACUAUAAUUCUUCAAGAAUUUUAUGUGUUCUCAUCUCUAUAAUGAAUAUUAAUAUUGCAGCUAGAUCCUGCUAAGCUGUUAUAUCCUGUUCUCUUGGAGCAGAAACAGCAUAUGUAGAAAACAGACUAAGAAGAAAUAUGUUUUAGUAUGAUAAAGUAGAGCCCAUAUAGUGAUUGAAAUUGAAAUAAUGGGAAAUAACAAGCACCCCAAGAUAUUUUGUAUCUUAACAUUAAUGAGUAAAAUGCAUCUUAGUUUCUCAGAUAAUAAAAACUGACAUGUUUUCUGAAGCUAGUAUUCUGUCAUGCUCACUACCCUCUGACGAUACUGUACUAAGAAAAUUGUGAUAGUAAGAUGUGUUUUCACAAUUUACUCUUCACCAUAACCUAAAGAAUUUUUUCGUUCCUUUUUUCAUACAUUGCAAAAGAAAAAAAAAACCCUCCAUCGUUCAGUUCUACCCCUUCUGCUGUCACUUACCUUUUGGAGGAGGGGAGACAAGAGUUAUCUACUCUUUUGGUGGACCUCCUGAUGACCACCUAGG